UCUCCGUGAGCGACUUUGGCGGAAAUAGAUAGCUACAGCGUUUUCUUCAGCAGGUGGUCUGAAUUAAACCCUAAGGAACAUUGCGGAAAAAGAUGUAUUUAAAGAGACGACGCCAUGGAAAAAUACUCCAUUCGAUCACUGAAUAAAAAUGUCAAAAUCGAAGCAAACCCAUGUAGGAAAACCCAGCCUAGAAUGUCUAGGAGAGGACCUCAUUCAGAAUAUACUAUGCCGGCUGCCGGCCUCAGCCUUCGCAUCGGCGGCGUGCGUUAGCCGCUACUGGAAUUCUACAUGUAAUCGCAUCCUAUUUUCUUCCCCAAAGCUCUCAUCGGCCGUUUCUUUCAACCCUUCACUUGAGGAAGCUGUGAAUGAAGUUAUAAAUAAAGUUUUAUCUAAGCCCAUACGACCGCAUUUUGCCCUGGCCUCUAUUGGCUCCUCAUUUAGCUUGGAAGACGCUUACCAACUCAUUACUGAAAGCUUUGCUCCAGAGAUUCCUGUAAUUGUCAAUUGUCCGGAGGGAAUUAUUGGGAGAGAUGCACUUACAGAUGAGUUUUUGGAGGUUCAACGGAAAGUAGCUGAGGGUGAAGAUCAUGGUGGGGCUUCACCCGAUCAGAAUGUGAACCAAGGCAUCAUAUUGAUAGUUGGUUUUUUACCAGGAUUAAAGGCCCAUAUAUUGCCCUUGUUUUAUCAAGAGAAGUAUCAGGCACUUCUGAUUGAUGAUUUUGUGACGGGCAUCAAGGAAUACACCUCUUCUGUUUCAGAGUCUACAUCUCCUGCAUCAAUUGUGUUGUUUUCGGGCCGGGAAACUGACAUCAAACCUGUGCUACAGAAGUUGGAUUAUGCCUUUUCCUUGGACACGGCAAUUGUGGGCGAUGGGGAUAGUGAGUUCUUAUACCGAAGUGAUGACAGAAACAAUAUAACCAGGAGAUCUGCAGCAGUUGCCCUUCUAUUUGUAAAAGAAAGAGACAAACCUCCAGGCAUAGGGGAAACUAAAUUUCAUGUCAUGCUAUCAGCUGGCUUAUUGCCAGUUGGUUCCACAUACAAGGUAGUAGCUGUUAAAUGCGAUAAAAGUUCGACAUGGCUAACUGCAACAAGAAACACACUUGAUGACGCUCUUGAUGGCCAAAGUAUUUUAGAUGAGAUCUAUGACGAGUUUGGAGAUCGUAUUGAGGCUCCAAAUUUCUACCUUGGAGUAACGAAAAGAGGAAGAUGUUCAGGUGGGCAGGAAGAAUUAAGACAACAAACAUUUCUUGAAUUCCAUGAAGUUUUGGGAGGGGACGAAGAGAAUCUACAUGUCAAUCAUGUUGGCAUUAAUUCUGGAGAUCCCUUUCGCUUUUACAUCUGGAAUUAUAAAGCUGCGUUAUCUUCUUGUGAUGAUGUCUUUGAUAAACUCAGACAUUUGAAGCAAGAUUGUAACUGCACAUAUGAUCGUGUUGGUGGUAUUGUCACUAACGGUAACAAAAGGGAAGUGUUUGGUGGCAUAGUCUUUUCUUGCUGUGGUCGAGGUGACUCGUUUUUCGGACAACCUGGUUUUGACAGCUCGCCUUUUCUGGAGAACUUUCCGGGGGUUACCUUUGGAGGAACUUAUUGUCAUGGCGAAAUUGGAAGGGGAUAUUGUAGCUUGUACGGGCAAGGCAAUGCAGAAGGUGAUGUUCCGCGUUGUUCUUGGCAUGCCUUUAGCGCUGUCUAUCUAAUCAUGUCGUAUACUCCUCCACUGCCGCAGAGUAAGACCGCGAGUGCGGAACCUGGUUCUUCGAGUUCAAAUCAAUGAUUCAGGUGCUUGGACUAUAACCUUUGGGAUUUUUAAGGACAAAUUGAAUGGUAGUUAUGUGGAUUAACUUUAGAAUAUGCACUUGUUGAAAUGAUUUAGAAUUGUUCUAUACCAAUUUCCUAGUUAUCGCGAAUAAUAAUGUAAAAUGAGACGAUUAGUGUAAUCUGAAGAAUUUGUUAACGCAUAACACUAGAUGUAACCAUAUCCAGCCCCGAGUGAGCUGCGAAUCUGUAUAUUUGAUUUUGGGGGGCGUGCUGAGCUGCUAUUCUGUAUAUCUGAGGAGCGUGUUGGAAUAAAAGAAAUGAAUGAAGAAAUGCAGAGAACCUAACAAUAUCUGUACUGGACAAGGACCCUACGACAGUAUGUUUGGUAUGUUAGAUUUUACUGAAUAAGAUUAAUAUAAAAAAUAAGUUUGUGAC